GUCCUCCUCUCCUCCCCCUCCCCCUCCCCCUCGCGUCGCGUCUCCUCCUCCGUUCACCGCCGCGCCCGCGGCCAGCCAGCAAGGCAGGCGCGUACGUUACCUCUCCUGCUCAGCCAGCCAGCCAGCCAGCAAUUCAUCACGCGCAUUACCAUUUCUUGUCUCAUCUCUUCUCCCCGCAUUAAUACUUGAUUUUUGGCUCGCUCCUCCAUCCCGUCCCCGUCCUAUAAAUCCCAACCCCUCCGCCCCCCGCUCGCUCCCCUUCGACCCGCCCCAAACCCCGCCGCAUUCCUGCCGUUUCCGUGUUCGCCGCCGCGCCUCCGGUGAUCGGCGCCGGGGGAGCCAUGGGGCAGUGCUACGCCAAGAACAUACACGCGGACGGCGCGGAUGCGGGCGAGGGUGGUGCUGCCCGAGGGACGACCACCAUCUCGGUCUCGGCGUCUGCCGUCCAGGAGGAGCCCGCCGGGGAGAUGGCCGCGGGAGGGAGGCGCAGCAGCAGGCCGUCGCCGGCGGGGACGCCGCGCAGCAGGGCGGGGGUGACGCCGGCCAGGACUUCGGCUUCGGCGGCGGCCGCGGCGGGGAGCCCCUGGGCGGCCAGCCCGCUCCCCGAGGGCAUCGCGCCGUCCCCGGCCACGUCCGCGUCCACGCCCAGGCGCUUCUUCCGCCGCCCGUUCCCUCCGCCGUCCCCGGCCAAGCACAUCAAGGCGUCGCUGGCGCGCCGCCUCGGCCACCGCUCCCCGGCUGCCACCUCUGCGCAGGCGCCGCCCGCUAAGCCGCCGCAGGAGGUCCCGAUCCCCGAAAACGGGGCCGGCGGCGGCGGUGGAGGAGAGGAGGAGCUCGACAAGAGCUUCGGCUACGACUGCCACUUCGCGGUCAUGUACGAGCUGGGAAAGGAGGUGGGUCGCGGCCACUUCGGCCACACCUGUCUCGCGCGUGCCCGCAAGGGGGACAUGAGAGGUCAAGUCCUAGCUGUCAAGGUCAUCUCCAAAGCCAAGAUGACAACAGCAAUAUCUAUCGAGGAUGUGCGUAGAGAGGUGAAAAUUCUGAAGGCUUUAUCUGGGCAUUCAAAUCUUGUGAAAUUUUAUGAUGCAUGUGAGGAUGCCCUUAACGUCUACAUCAUCAUGGAGUUGUGUGAAGGUGGGGAGUUGUUGGACAGAAUUUUGUCCAGAGGUGGGAGGUACACUGAAGAUGAUGCUAAAGUUAUCAUCAAACAGAUAUUAAGUGUAGUUGCUUUCUGCCAUCUUCAGGGCGUCGUUCAUCGUGAUCUUAAGCCAGAGAAUUUCCUAUUCAGUACUAGAGAUGAACAUUCUCCUAUGAAGCUCAUCGAUUUUGGCCUCUCUGAUUUUAUAAGGCCAGAUGAAAGGCUGAAUGACAUUGUUGGUAGUGCAUACUAUGUUGCUCCAGAAGUCCUACAUAGGUCAUAUAGCACAGAAGCAGACAUGUGGAGCGUAGGUGUUAUCACUUAUAUCUUGCUGUGUGGUAGCAGACCAUUCUGGGCACGCACUGAAUCAGGAAUUUUCCGCUCCGUGCUGAGAGCUGAUCCUAAUUUUGAUGAUUCACCAUGGGCAUCAAUAUCUCCUGAAGCUAAAGACUUUGUCAAAAGACUUCUUAACAAAGAUUACAGAAAAAGAAUGACUGCUGCACAGGCACUCUCUCACCCCUGGUUGCGAGAUGAGUGCUGCCCAGUCCCUCUGGAUAUGUUAGUUUUUAAGCUGGUUAAGGCGUACCUUCGUUCCACGCCUUUCAAACGGGCAGCAUUAAAGGCUCUGUCUACAGCUAUAACAGAAGAUGAGCUUAUCUAUACCAGAACACAAUACAACUUAUUGCAACCAAGUAGUCAAGAUGGUCGAAUAUGCAUUGAGAACUUCAGGAUGGCCCUUCUACAGAACUCCACUGAUGCUAUGAAAGAAUCUAGAGCUCUUGAUAUCUUAAGCACAUUGGAGCCGCUUGCAUAUAGGAGGAUGGACUUUGAGGAGUUCCGUGCAGCGACAAUCAGCCCUUACCAACUUGAGGCUUCGUCCAUGUGGGACGAAAUUGCGAGCACCGCAUUUGAGUGCUUUGAGCAGGAAGGCAACCGUGUUAUCACAAUUGAGGAGCUAGCUCAGGAGAUGAAUCUUUCUUCUGCGGCGUAUUCCAUCGUCCGCGACUGGAUUAGGCCUUCAGAUGGGAAGCUUAGCUUUAUAGGCUACACCAAAUUUUUGCAUGGAUUGACUAUGCGGAGCAGCAAUGCGAGGCGCCAUCACUGAUCCGCUUUCGCCUCAGCUGCUUAGAUUUCUUUGAUUCAUGGGGAGUUUGAUGGAUGUUGUUGGUGUUUUAUCUGUGUUUUUGGCGGAUUAGCUUUUGUAGAGAAAAAAAGAAGAAAGAAACAGAAAGUGGGAGUUCAUAAUGGAGUUUUAGUGGCAAA